CUCACAAAACCAAAAAGCGAAGCUUUCAAAAAGCAAAACGCAAACAUCAACCUCCUGUUCCAAUAUGAACUUCUCGAAACUCAUYGUYGCUGCCCUCAGCUUCAACUAUUCACCUUGGUUUGUCCAAGGAGAAGAUCUGCCUAAGGUAGGACAGUGGGAGCUCCAUCCAAUCGGAAAUGRUAGCGAGAGCCCUACUUUUGGUGUGAUUACAACAGACGAYGAUUCGAUCACUGUUGUUCUCACCGUUGAAGGGAGCUUWCCUACUAGSGAUGAUCACCCAAUGAUUGAGGUGUUUACAGGAGUUGCAGACGGCGAGGCAUGUGCUGAAGGAACCAAGAUUGCGGAAGGCGAUAAAGGCCUCAGCUCUGAUUUUACUGUAGCAUCAAAUUAUGAAAGUUACCUUGCAUUGAGGGUUACAAGCGAUGGAAGUAUUGGUACGUUAGGCCAGUAUUGACAACGGGUGGCUUUCUGGAAGGGUGUUUGUGAUUGGUGGAUGCCAUGAAAUUAAUCCUCAUCAUACUCUUCCUUUGUUCCACGGUUGUUCUUAGGUAAAGCUCAAUUCUCUAUGAACCUACAUGAUUCUUCAGUCUGGAGAGAGGUAAAUGGGGACUUCCCGAAUAUUGGUACUUUUGACGCUUGUGCUCGGGUUGCUAAGAAGCAUGAAGACACUUAUGUCUCCUUUGUUGAUACAUCAAUUAAGGUGAUCAUCGAUGGGGAAGGGAAAUUCCAGACUUUUGAGAAGGCCAUUACRGUUGUGGGCACCAGCAUGAAAUCAUUGGAAGAGAAUCAAAAGAGGACAAUUGAACUGGACUCCUAUCUGUGUGGUCCAUCUGAUUCAGCAGACCCAGACCGCACCUACAAGAUUGGCCAGAGCUUCUCCAUCUGUGUUGGUCCUACCGAGGAUGCSAUUGCAGAGUUUGGCCGUGUUGCCGUGGUUGGAUUUGAAGAGGUWACAUGUGGCGAGAUUGAUGUGGUGGAAAAUGGACAGGAGAMGGCACUGACAACCGUCACCACUGAUCCCAGAAAUUACAUGACGUCCGGUGGAGACAGUGUGGGAGCCGGUGUUUCGUCUUUUGAAACCGUAGUGACUCCCGAGUACUAUACUGGAGUUUCUUCGCCCAAUGAAGCUUCGAUCACGUGCUCAGGCACGGUGGAGCUGAGAUUCAAAAAGCCAACAUAUUAUCCGAAAGUGGGAUGCGUGUAUCACAACGACCUUACUUCUAAAGUAAUGUUUUAUGUGACUGAUGGUGGGACCGAAGCUGAGGUGAAGAUAUGCAAUGACAGUUGCAGAAACCRGGGUAAAAAAUAUUUCACUUUGAUGUGCGCGGAGGAAGUUUCCAUAGGAGAUAAUAUAGUGCACAAAUAUACGUGUGGAUGCAUUGACGAGUUAGAAACAGAGUUASAAACAACAGACGGUACAUGCUCUGGUGAAGACCCAUACAGCGCCCAACCCGUUAAACGUUGUUUACCAGAUCGAACCAAGGACAGCAACUAUGAUUUUGGUUACAUGGAUUGGUUGUUGUCUCCGACCUACAAAGUGGAAGACGAGGACUCAGGCCGCCGUUUGACCGCCAGCUUCUCGACCAACAGCGGCAAUCCCUUGCAGCGCCACCUCCAAGAAAGCGGCAACCAGGAGGACACCCGUGGCUCCUUUGGCACCAAGGUUCUUCUCUCGGGAGAGGACAACGYGGAUGCYGUCUUUGGCAAUCUUGCGGCUCCGGCAGCAGACACCGGYGCAGUGCCAAGCACCGCAAUGGCAASUGCCGCYGGUGCCGUUGUUGUCGCCRCUGCUGCUUCCCUGGUCUGAGCAGACAACAAGCUUGAAGCGACACUGAUAUUACACAAGAGAGAAAAAACUUUUACCAACCAA